AUGUCGCGGCGCUUCGAUCCGUGCGGUUUGGCAGAGAGCGAGAUUACAAGUGUUCAACUUCGUGGAGACUUACCAUGGGUCAAACGCGGUCAAGAUUCUCCAAGGCAAGCCGUCAAGUGUGAUGCUGUCGACCGAUUCAUGGAAAAAUAUGUCAUGUACCCAUGUACCGAGGGCUCGUCGCCUGGCUUCCUCGAACACCUCCCAAGCCUGUUCAAGGAGGUGAACGUAGAAGGUCGAUUCGCGCUACGUUGGGCAGUCAAAGCUGCUGCAUAUGCCGACCUUUCCAAGAGCCAGGACAGUGAACCACUGGCGCAGAAGGCGUACCAGUGCUAUGGAAUGUCGCUCUCCGCCAUGGGUGAGUCAUUAUCAACACCAGGCAAAGUUCCCGAUGAUUUUGACUUAAUGACCGUGGUUAUAUUGGACAUGUUUGAGACCUUCUUCGUCGAGGGCUCUGCCUCUAGAGGCACACAUGCACAGGGAAUGGCACAGAUCUUGCGGAUUCGAGGCCAUGAGCAAGUUCAUAGUCCGCGUGGUUGGAGUCUCUUCCGACUUGCGCAUCAUCGAAUUCAAAAGCAGCAGCUAGCAUUCAAUUUGCCGCCACUCGUGGAGUCAGGUCAUUGGAUCGAUCAAUUGAACGAGGACCUCCCCUUUGUGCGUCUAGAGAAAAGCGCCUUACGCAUCAGCCAAACCUGCGAACGUGCUCGCAAGCUACAGCAAACCCUUUCAGGUGGCAGUCUACCAGUCGCCCAGUUCCUCGACGUGGUAAACGAACUGCUCGAGCUCGACCGAGAGACCGUCAGAUGGCGGCAAACCCCGCGCUGGUCGUAUACAACCUUGAACGUAGUUGAUUUACCAGCAUUUGAGUCGUCCCCUCGGUCUUUGACGAACACUAUCCAGCUUCACGCGGAUGUUUGGAUGGCAUACGAAUGGAACUACCACCGUACAGCACGCAUCAUUGCUCACAAGCACCUGCUCAAAGCUCUUGAAACUGUCUUGACUUCCUCCGACCUGGAUGUCACAGCAAUCGACACGUUACGUGUCAUGUCGGAGCAAUCUACGACCGCAAUCCAUAUUCUCGCCGAUGAUAUUCUCGCAACUGUGCCUCAGUCUCUUGGUGAUAUAAACCACUUGGGCUGCAUGCAUGAUGCUACAUCAGGGCCACUGCGGUCGCGCGCAAUAGGGGGUUAUCUACUGCUUUGGCCCAUUAAGGUCAUAAAGGGAAACCUGGCACACUAUGCUCUCGGCUUCCAAUGCGUCACCUAUGGCCAGUUGGCCAAUGCCAUAAUCGGAGUCGCGCAAUGGCUGGAUACUGAGAUAGGACGAGGUGAGGAGGAGCGAACGCCGGCCAUCGCAUAUCUCAGGCCUAAUGAGUUCCGUGAUGUCUUCGCCUUCGUCGGUGGCAUAAAAGCUGGAUAUAAAUUAUUUCUGACCAGUCCACGAAACAGCCUCGUGGCCUAUUUGGAUCCUCUUGAGAAAUUGAAAUGCACUACAAUCAUUAUAGCAGGGCCCACAACUCCUUUGUUGAAUGAGAUACUAGAGCAACGGCCGAUGCGGCUUCUGAGGAUGGGAGAGAUGGACCACCUGAUCAACCACCCUUCCCUGCCCUAUCUCUACCGUCAGACAACGGACACAGCCCACGGGGCUGGGGCCUUCGUCUGCCACACUUCGGGCACCACUGGGAUCCCCAAACCUUGCAUAUACACGCAUGAGUUCAUUCUUCGUGUAGCCAGGACAUUCUCGCUAGAGCCUCCAAAGGGCUACACGUCACUGCAGUCGCAGCUCGCCAGCAACGAACAUAUUCUUCUGCUACCUCUCAUCCACCCGGGUGGUGUCUAA